CCCUAUUACGUCAUAGUCCCGGGAAAACUUCAGACUUCUUUCUAUUCUUUCGGGUUGUGGCAACUUGGUGUUCAUCGUAAGUUUAGCCCCUGGUUUUCUCGAUGACUACUUCUUCCGUGUCUAAGGGCUGCUUUGUGUUCAAGCCAGCUUCAAAAAAACAGAGAAUUUUAUCAGCAGGUGACUAUUUUCAUGAUGAGGAUGAAGAGUCUGCAUCCAGCAAACUGCGGUUUGAGACCCUUCAGUCUUUAUGGCAGCAAAUUAAAUUGGAAACAGACAGCAUUCAAGAAGAGUUGAAUAAAAACAUACUGGACAGUUUGGCAGAAUUUGCAAGAACAUCUACAACAUUUUUUCGUUCUAAAACAGAUGAAUGGACAUUUCAAAUGAGGUCAAGUGAAAUCCCUACAGCUGCUCUUGUACUGGGUGUGAAUGUUACAGACCACAAUAUGACUUUUCAGAACUUAUCCGAGUUGCUUCAUCAGUCAGUUACACCAUAUGUGGUUGGUCUUGAUGCAAAAGAUUGUCCAUCCUUGAAACACACAGUACAGAAAGUGCUGCUUCAGCUGAUGGGGUACCAUUUGUCAGUAGAAGAGGAUGAAGAGGAACCUCAACCUAAAGCUAAUAUUUCAGGCAUCCCCAAGAAGAGAAUUCAGUGUUCUAUAGCAACACUUUGCGAAUGGUACCAGACUGUCACAAAGGAUUCUAAUGGACUCUCUCCUUCCAAAAAGCGUAAAUCCACACUUGGAAAGUUUGGGCAAAACCCACCAAUAGUUGUGAUUUUUAAAGACCUGGAGAGCUUUACUUCUAAGGUGCUUCAGGAGUUCAUUAUAAUCUGCAGCCAAUACAUUCAUCAGUUGCCUUUCAUCUUCAUAUUUGGAAUUGCCACUUCUCCAGCCACUGUUCAUCGAAUGCUACCCCAUUCAGUUUCCUCCCACCUGUGCAUUGAGCUCUUUCAGUCUCUUUCCUGCACUAAGCACCUGGCUACAGUUAUGGACAAGCUUAUAUUGACCACAAGUUUUCCAUUCAAGUUAAAUGGUAAAACACUUCAGGUUCUACUGAGCAUCUUCCUGUUUCAUGACUUCUCUGUAAGGAAUUUCAUUAAAGGACUGCAGCUUUCUCUUAUGGAGCACUUCUAUAACCAACCUCUCAGUGUACUCUGCUGUGAUAAACAUAAAGCUUCUAAACGGGCUCAGGUGCUGAGCUCAGAGGAGUGUGAAAAUGUUCGCCAACUCUCAUCUUUCAUGAGGUAUGUUGAAAAUCAGGAGCCAGAUGAACAGGUGAAAUUGCUGACUGAUGACCACCACCUGAAGGAGGUGGUUCAGCAACUACUAAAACAACUCCAUUUGUACCAUAAGAAUUAUUAUCCAGUUUUGAGGUGCCUGCAUAUUUUGACUUCGUCCCUCCCUAAGUACCCUUUAGGCAAACAGAUCAGAGAGUUGCACAGUAUGUGCUUGGAGAGGAAUGUAUGGGAAACUGAGGAAUAUAAAUCUGCUUUUCAGUUAUUGAGGCUAAUGGCAAAAGAUGAGCUUUUGACUGGCUUUAAUAAAUGCUUAGAAAUAUUAACAUAUGGUAAGGGGAAAGUUAUUAAUGAGGUGCAGGAAAAGCUGGAAACAUUUGUCAAGCUGUUUCAGGAGUUGGACAAUAUCUCUCUAGAUUACAAGGAAGAUGAUGGAGAAGAUUCAUCUCCCCAGAAGGGAUUUCAGCAGAAAACAGACUUAUUCCACCUUCAAAAAACCUUACUGGAAAUGAAAGAACUGAAAAAAAACAAAAAACUUACCAAGUUUGAAAUGCUCCGACUUGAAGCCAUAGAUUUCAUUGAUCAUAUUGUCAAAAAACAUUUAUUGCCUCCUGAAUACCUUGCACUGCAUGAGGUGGUAUACUACAGCUGUUCUGGUACUCUACGAAAGUAUUUAAAUGCUGCACCUCGCACCGCUAUUCAGACAGCCUUGAACAACCCAUAUAAAUAUCUGCCAAAUGAAUCCUUACAAAGUGAUGGAGGAGCCAUAUCCAGCACAGCACCUGAUAUUUGCAUUGCUUACAAACUCCACCUGGAAUGUGGCCGGCUAAUCAAUUUGUAUGACUGGUUAGAGGCUUUUGGAACAGUGGUUUCGGCAACCGAAGGAAAUGACACAGAGUCCCCUGUAAUAGAUGAUGUGAAACAUGCUCGAUUUAUCAGAGCAGUCUCAGAACUGGAAUUUGUAGGAUUUGUAAAGCCAACAAAAAAGAAGACGGACCACGUUGCAAGGCUGACUUGGGGGGGCUGCUGAAUCUGAAGUAAUGGCUUUUGCAGAAGACAGAAUUUCAAGGUGAAGAUGAAUCAUUGCCAUUUAUUGUUUCUGUGCGAGUCCUGGAUGAGAAUGCAGGUGUUUUAAAUGUUUCUUAUUCGGGCAAAUUUAGAAGAUUGUGUCACAAUUCAAAAAUAAUCUUAAACAGUUAAAACCUGCAAAUGUGCUGAUGUUAUGGUAGAUUGUUUCAGAAGUUCAGGCAUUUCCAUUUUAUUCGUGUUACGUGCCUGCCCUCUUCAUUUUCAUCAUGAACACAAUGCAGUGAUAAGACUGCGCAUUCCUAGAACACUUACCUGAAUAUCUUGAUUUGAUUUCCAUUUGCCCUUCUAAUUUAAUGUUUGAAGCAUACACUUAAAUAAAUGUUGCUUGACUGUG